GCGCAGACAAGUCUACCGAGUUGUGAUCUACAUGCAAACGAAAGGAUGCGUGCGUGCCCUUUGAUCACAGAAGAGCGCACAUCUCACAGGUGCCCUCACGUUCGACUCGGGUUUCGAGAAAUGAAAGUAUCCCUGCUGGCACCAGGGGGACCUGACUUCUACAGACGCACAUGGGAGAUCAAUGACGGAUUGAAUUUGUUCGACUGUCCUCUGUGUGGCCUCAAGCAAGAACGGCGGGGUCUUUGGGCAUUGAGAUGUUGCUGAUAAGUCCUAGUGUGUGAGCGGUACCUGAGAUGCUGUGGGAGCUUGCUUGGACCUUUGACUACAGUACCAUAGCGCAAUGGGUGUGCGGAAUGGUUGAUAUGUAGAGAGUAGAGAGUAGAGAGGGAGAACCUGAAUACGGUUCUCGAAUCAGGGAACUGCUGUGGCCUCUGCUGUCUGUCUCGAGAGGUUGGGCUGCAGCU